CAUUGCUUAGGAGGGGCAAUUUCUCUAUUUCGUGUGUCACUGUUUCCGGAGUCGCGGUGAAGAAUCCCGGCAAGUUGACAAAAACACACCAGAUUUUUCAGUUUGUUCGGGAAUUAUAAACAUAUCCCAGCAUGGCGAGGGAAUAUGACCACUUAUUUAAACUACUUAUUAUAGGUGAUAGUGGUGUAGGAAAGAGUAGUCUUCUUUUGAGAUUUGCAGACAAUACAUUUUCAGGUUCCUAUAUUACAACAAUUGGUGUAGAUUUCAAAAUCAGGACGAUCGAUGUCAAAGGUGAAAAGGUCAAGUUACAGAUCUGGGACACGGCGGGACAAGAGCGAUUCAGAACCAUCACAUCAACGUAUUACAGAGGGACACAUGGAGUGAUAGUAGUCUAUGAUGUAUGUAGUGCAGAAUCAUUUGUCAACGUGAAGAGAUGGCUCUAUGAAAUAGAUCAGAAUUGUGAAGACGUCAGUAGGAUAUUAGUUGGCAAUAAGAACGAUGCACCAGACAGGAAAGUGGUUGAGACAGAAGACGCCCAGAAGUUUGCAGAACAGAUGAAUAUUCAACUCUAUGAAACUAGUGCAAAGGAAAACAUUAAUGUAGAAGAGAUGUUUAAUGGAAUCACUGCAUUAGUCUUAAAGCAAAAACUUGAAAAUCAAGCAAAGCUGAAUGCUCCAAAUGACAACGGCAAGGUUGAUCUAGUUAAGAGGGGGAAGGGCAAGAAAGGAAAAUGCUGUGGUAAAUGAAAGCAGCUUGGACCUCCUAGAUAUAUACCGCCCCCAUCAUACUCUUUACGUUUUUGCCAGUCUGUGUCGAAACUUUACCUACGAACAAGAAAUCUUUGAUUGAGGUGUCCACCCACCCGCUCUGCGUUGCAUCAGUGAAAGCCCCGUCGGAUGAAGCCAUGAUCACAUGAGCCUUAAAGAGCUAUGAUAGAGAUCGGCGUCUGUGCGAUUGUGUAGGUUGCAAGGUGCUUUUAGGAUUAAACACAGUGUGCGUGUAUGUUCGUGUUCAGCCCAUCCAAGGAAUGGAGUCAAUAGAGGAUGUCCUCGAGAGCUGAAGACAACAGUUCAACCUGAGAUCAAUGACUGCAGGUGAACCCUUUCCUCUACAUGCUUGAUACUUUGAAGUAUGCUCACCCUAGCAUGAUAUGCAAUUUGUUUUCUUCAAGGAAUGUGCCAGGCUGCAAGCAAGAUCUUAAUCCUGAACACGUCAACGAGGCCUUCAAAGUCUAUUCCCCUCAAAGUUUAUCUAGUGGAGUCCGAAUAUAUUAUCUUUCAUAGGUCUGAAGGAUUGCUUAUCAGUGUAAAUGUACACUAUUGGGAUGUGCUGGGAAUGGUUGAGAGUGAAAUGUAGUGGAUUCUUUACAUGCAAUCUCUGUAUAUCAGCAGGGUAGACUUUAUUUCAUUUGACUAAUGUGAUUCAUUCUCUUAGAUAUCAUUUGCAUAAAUAUUUACAUGCCAUAUGAAAAGACCAAUAACAUUCAGUUUAUGUAACAGCAUUUUCUUUUCUUUUUAUUUGCAAAUUUUACAUAAUUCACUUCAGUAUGUAUUUUCAACAUCAUUUACAUGUAUGUAACUUUUCUCUCAAGACUAAAACAAUAACUCAUGGCAAAAUAUUGAUGCUUCUUUGGUUCGUUUAAUUGUAGCAAGAAACUUGCUUUGCUUUCAUUUUUCCAAAGUUCAUGUAUAUACAUUUUAAAUAAAAUGCCAUUGUUGAAUGUAUUGAAAUCAUCCUGAAGGAUAUUUGGUAACAUGUUGUAAUAUCUUCAGUGCGCCACAUGUUCUGGAAGUAUUCUUAAUAUUCAAAAUAAAUUUUAUAAGAAUUACACUGGUGGAAACGGGUCAAAUCAGAAAGCAGAAUGGCAAAAAUGUGAGAGAUAUCAGACAGCAAUUUAAAAAACCUGGCAAUUAAAAAAAAUGUACCAGGAAUCAUUUUUGUACAGGCAUUGUACUUUAAAAGCAAGUUCAGGUACAUCUUUUGCUGUGGCCAUUGGCAACUUUCCCCAUUUGUUGCAGUGAAAACACAAAAGACUUUAUACUAAAAUAAGAGUCCUCAAACUUUUGCCACUUCAGAGGGUGUACUCCUUUUCAGGAACAUGCUGAAUGCCAAGAGUUAUCGGAAUAAAGUCAUAUUUGAUUGGCCAGACAUGUUGUGUUCUUCAAAUAUUGAUAGCUUUCUUAUUAUUGGUCCGGUUCCUUUCAAAUUUUUGCCAGUCUCUAAAAUGUAUGCGGUUCCAUGAAUGAUUACCUCUAAUUGCAGUGUUA